GGCCCUCAGCACCAAUGUUCCUUUCCAUGCUGGUUAAGCAACAUCCUAUUAUAUAUUUAUUACACCGUAAAAGAAACACCAUUAACAUUUAUUGAUUAAAGCUUAUAGCUCUUACAAAGAGAGAAAUGAAGAAAGCUACGGCAUUGAUGAAACAUGUCGUUGCAUUGUUGAGUUCUGCAGCAAAGGCGAAAUCUAUAGCCAUAAAGAACAAAACAAAUGCUUUCAAGACGAGACUCCUCAUGUUGUCCCUUGUGAAACACGAGAAGCUCGGGUUCCGUUCAAUUUCCAACAAGAUCCACAACCUCCUAGGCCAUUCAGAUCAAGAGCAAGGCGACGACCAUGACCAAGACAAUAGCAAGGCUAUAAUCCUCUACAACAACGGGGAAGUGACUCACUGUGAGAGUUAUGACGUACAAGACGAGGAAAACGACAAGUAUCCUGAUCUGAGGCACACGUUGUUCGAAGGAGAGGAGGAUUUUGGGGACAUGGAGGAAGGCCAAGGAAGUUCUGUGAUAGAUAUGGUGAGGAACUCGAAGGAAGAAGAAGGAAAGAGUUUCAAGCUAGAAGAUGAGAUCGACCAUGUAGCGGAUCUCUUCAUUUCAAGGUUUCAUAAGCAGAUGAAGCUUCAGAAACUCUUGUCCUUUAAGAGGUAUCAAGAAAUGCUAGCCCGAGGCACAUAAAAUCACACACCUAUAUAUAUUUAUACAUGUUGGCAUAGAUAUGAAUAAUAUAUUCAUAUGACGAUCUGUGCUAACGUUCAUAUUUUGUGUUGUCAAUCAUAAAUCCUUCCAGCCUCUCAUUUUCGGAUCAAAUAUCAUGAUCUAUUUAAUAUGAUUUCAGUUAUUAAGUUGGGACAAAGGAAGGAUCUGUUUUGUAAUAUAUGUUUUAAAUAUUUAAUAUGCCAUAAUAUUGGGCAUUCUUCUU